AUGUUACCCCACAGAAAUGGAAACCUCUCAGUGAUGCCUUUUCAGGAGUUUGUGCUGGAGGGAUUUGAGAGUGGUUUGCAGACCCAGGCCUGGCUCUUUGCUCUGUUCCUUGUCUUGUACAUGGUGGCCAUACUGGGGAACCUCACCAUGAUCAUGGUCAUCACCCUGGAUGCCCGGCUGCACUGCCCAAUGUACUUUUUCCUCAAGAACCUCUCCUUCCUGGACUUGUGCUACUCAUCUGUCAUCUACCCCAAGACCUUAGCCAAAUUCCUGUCCUUGUCCAAGGUCAUCGUCUUUGAGGGACGCAUGAUCCAGUUCUUCUUCUUCUCCCUACUGGGCACCACUGAGGGAUUCCUCUUGGCUGUGAUGGCCUAUGACCGCUUCAAGGCCAUCUGCAGCCCCCUGCACUACCACAUCACCAUGUGCCCCUCUGCUUGCAUCUGCCUGGUGCUGGGCUCCUACUGUGCAGGCUCCUUCAACUCCAUUGUGCAGACCAGCUUCACCUUCAGCCUCCCGUUCUGCAGCUCCAACCACAUCGACCACUUCUUCUGUGAUGUGCUCCCCCUGCUCAAGCUUGCCUGUGCUGACACAGACCUCAAUGAACUCCUCUUAUUUGGCCUCUGUGACCUCAUCAUCGUAGGCACCACACUCGUGGUCCUCAUCUCCUAUGGCUACAUCACAGUGACCAUCCUGAGGAUGCGCUCUGGAGCAGGGAGACACAAGCUCUUCUCCACCCAUGUCCCCCACAUGACAGCCGUGUCCCUCUUUUAUGGGACCCUUUUUGUCAUGUAUGCCCAGCCGGGACCUGUGGAGUCCAUGGAGCAGGGCAAGGUGGUCUCUGUCUUCUACACCCUGGUUAUCCCAAUGCUCAACCCCCUCAUCUACAGUCUGAGAAACAAGGAUGUGAAGGAUGCCCUGUGGAGGCUGGGUCAGAAGUGCACAGCCACGUGA